AGUAUUACUUAACUGGCAACAUUUUUAACAUGGCCGCAUGUUGAACGAAACGAUUUUCUUUACUGUUCGCCAAAACAUAGCAAUAGUGGUGUAAUUUGUAAGCGGAUUUAUGUUAAUCGCCUAGCGGGGUGUUCUAUUUUGUGUUUACAAUAAAUUCAGAUGAAGAUGAUGCAUCACCCGAACAUGCAUCAUCAGCCGAUGUCGGGGCACCCGCCGCAGCACAUGGGCGGGCACCAGGGCAUGCCCGCGCACCACCAGAUGCCGCCGCAUCAAAUGCACAGGGAGAACAGGCACGUAACACUUACUAGGGUGCCCCUGGGCCCGUCGCAAGCGGGCGCCGGCAUGGGUGGCAUGGGCGCAGCCAUGGGCGUGCCGCACCACGCGCCCGCGCAGCGACCACCACACCCCAUCAGGGCUAUGACACAUCAUCCGCCAGCGCAACACCACAAUGUGCCACCGCGCGGGCGAUUUCAGCAGCAAAUGAAGCCGUUACGGCGUCCGUACGUAAGCGGCGUGGUGCACGCGUACGCGCAGCACCACCACCAGCCACAGCAGCCCCCGCCCCCCGUGCAGCCGCCGCCGCAGACAGCGCAGUCCGCGCAGGCGGCGCUACACUCAGGUCUGCGCCUUUCACAUUCAGCGAUAAUGAAGACACAGGCAAAGUUCAGCUCGGAAUUCGCGGUAUCAACAACACCAAGCACUGCGACGACGACGACAAGCAGCACAAUGAUACCCGAAGCGAGUGCGAACGUGAGCGCGAACGCGAGCGCAAACGUGAUCGUGAGCGUGAACCCGAGCUCGGCUGCUGUGGUGGGCGCGGGCGUGAGUGCGGGCGUGGGCGCGAGCGCGGGCGCGGGUGCGGGCGGCGGCGCGGCUGCGAGCGCGGGCGCAGGCGCGGGCGCUGAGGGCGGCGGCGCGGGCGCGGCGGCGGGCGACGGCGAGGCGGCGCGCCCCGCCGCCGCACAGGCCAACAGUAAAGAGAAGACUCCCAUGUGCCUGGUCAACGAGCUGGCCAGGUACAACAAGAUUAAACAUCAAUACCGCCUCACAUCAGAAACAGGACCAGCUCACAAAAAAGUAUUCACGGUAACACUCAGACUGGGUGAUACUGAGGAAUACACAGCUGAGGGUUCGUCGAUAAAGCGCGCGCAGCACGCGGCGGCGAGCGCGGCGCUCACCGCCACCGCCUACCCGCCGCCGCCGCCCCGCGCGCACCCCGCGCACCACCCCGCGCACCCGCACCACAGGCACUCCGGUACGCACCACGACACUGAGGCGGCUAGCGUGAUGCCAACAGUGGAGUUAAACGCUCUAGCAAUGAAAUUAUGUCAGCCGGCGGUGUACACGUCGAUCCCGGCGGUGGCGGGGUGGGGGCGCGCGGCGGGGGCGGGUCGCGGCGCGGGCGGGUUCCGAGCGCCGCUGGUGGGCGUGUACGGGCGCGUGGUGACGCCGGCGCUGGUGUACCGCGUGCGCGUGGCGGUGGGCGGGCGCGCGUGGUUGGGCGAGGGCGGCACGCCGCAGGCCGCGCGCCACGACGCCGCCGCGCGUGCGCUGCGCGACCUGCGCCCGCCGCUCGACGCGCUCUCGCCCGCGCCGCCCGAGCGCCCCGGGGACGACAACAGCGACGACGACACUGGCGAAAACGGUACCGACCUAUUGAACUCGGAAGUGAAGUCACCGGUGUCGUUGGUGCACGAGCUCGCUCUCAAACGGAAUCUGUCAGUUCAGUUCACAGUCAAGUCCGAAAGAGGUCCUCCACACAUGAGGGUGUUCGUGACGGUGUGCUCGGUCGGCGACAUGGAGACGGAAGGCGAGGGCAACGGCAAGAAGGUGUCGAAGCGGCGUGCGGCUGAGCGCAUGCUCGACGAGAUGCGCCGGCGCUGGCCCGCCGCGCUGCUGCGUGCCCGACCAGUGCGCACUGACAAGCGGAAUCAUCCCGCAAAGAAGAAGCCGCGAAAUCUUAUCAAGGAGGGCAGCGCGUGCGGCGGCGGCGCGGCCGGGUGCGGCGCGGCGGCGGGCGACAACCCCAUCUCCGUGCUGGCCGUGGCGCGGCACGUGGCGCGCGCGCGCUCGCCGCAGUACCGCGUGCUGGAGGAGCGCGGCGCGGCGCGGCGGCGCGAGUUCCUCGUGCGCUGCGACGCGCCGCCGCACUCCGCCACCGGGCUCGGGCCCAACAAGAAGACCGCCAAGCGACGCGCCGCACACAAUGUGCUGCUCGCAAUGGAGAUGAGCGCGAACAACACCAACGGCACCAGCACGCCGACUAACGCUUCCGAAACGAACGUCAUCAACGCGACAGACUCCAAAAACGCCAGCCCUGAUGCCAAACAGAAAGAAGGCGACGGUGCUAACCCGGAGGGCCGGCAGCCGGUGCCCGGCGUGCUGCUCAUGGACUACCACCAGCGAAACCAUCCCCUGCAUAACGGUGUGAGCGAGUCGAGUGCGCCGGCCACAGCGAGCGGUACCACGCCCGGCGCCAAGGACCAGCUCUUAUAUCUGUCGCAAUUGCUCGGCUUCUCAGUCCAGUUCUCAGAUUUCCCUAAGCGUAACCACGGCGAGUACCUGUCGUUGGUGUCGCUGUCGACGGAGCCGCCGGUGAUGUGCCACGGCGGCGGCGCGUCCACGUCGCAGUCGCACGAGCAGUGCUCGCGCGCCGCCCUCCGCGCGCUCGCCAUGAUGGGGCUCGACGCGCCCGCGCACGCGCACGCGCCCGCUCUCGCGCCCGCACUCGCACCCGCGCUCGCGUCCGCGCCCGCGCCAGCACACCCAUCUGUGCCCACCGACAAUGGUAUUGCAAGUCUGACGAGCACAGGCGCCAAGCCACCGACCACCGCAGGUGUUAUAAGUAACGGAAUCACGGAGUGAGGCGCCGGGCGACUGACAUUACAUUGACAUUACCCAUAGCUUUUAUGUUAGUAGUUAUUACCUGUGCAUAUUUCUUUACUUUUUGUUUGAAUGCAAUAUAAGUGAAUAUUUCAAAGCGCGAAAUAAAUAUUAUAGUUCGGGACUAAUUCAUAUUUAACAAACACUAUUUCUAGCUGUGACGUAUUCACAAGAAACUUUUUCGUUUUGAUCUCGACUCUUGCAACUUCAUUUUAAUUUUAUUAUUUCUUAACCUUUCUAUUUUUUAAACUUUCAAAUGUAUAUUUUUUGUUAUACACGAUGAUCUGUAAGUAAUGAUUUUAGUUUAAUGUAUAAACUCGAAGGUGUCAUUUGUGGAAUACUGCCGCUCACAAAGUAGGUUUACAUUUUUAUACAUUUUUUCCUUUCUAUAUACAAGUUGAUUCGCAUACCUUUUGUAUUUUACACGGGUCAGUAAUGCUCGUGUCGAAUAUCUCAAACUAAUGUAAGUGUUAUUACGAGAACGUCAGUGCCACAAUCCGAUUGGUGUUAUAAUACUAAACAAACAAAAAUAUAGUGUACCGGGUGCUGACGGAAAGUGUAUUUAUCAAUAAAUAAAUUUAUAUGAAACGAAUGAAACACAAACGUGAAGGCUGUGAAGCCAAACCAAAACAGUUUCCUUGGGACCGGGCAGCGCAACGUGACCACCAUUAUGUUUAGGGAAGACUUUUAUUUAUAAUGUAGUUACGAUAUAAUAAUAUAAUGAAGUGCGCGGGAGCGUCAAAAAAAUCCUGGUGGUCGCCUGCCGUCCCAACGAACGCUAAAGUUGCACCAUGCGGCCAUGGUGUCUCGUUAGUUUAGCUUUACAGUGGUAAUCGCCGUACUCCUCGUGCCUAGCGCUAUGUAAGGAGUUAGAGUGUGGCCCGCGGCUCCCCGGCUGUGGUGCGCACGCGCAGUAUUUUCGUUACGCCUGUUCUAUAUGGUAAGUCACGCGCGGACUACGGCGAUUAGAACAAAAAGACUUGGCCUCGAUUUUUAACUUGUCACCGGUGUGUGAACGUUUCCCGACUCUAAGCUAUGAAAUGUGUAAUUGUAGAGUUAAGAUUGCAGCUGAACACGUGACUGGCGAUUAUGAUCUAUCUACUUAGGUUAAGGUUGUAGGUUGCUUGAUAUUUUUAGGCUCUUUGUAACCUAUGUGUAAGCAUGUACUCUUAAUGUGUUAGAAUAGCGUUUGACUAAUGUGACCCUUAUAUAAUAUCAUCUCUAAGUGUUUUAACGUAGUGAGUGUCGGUACAAUUGAUCGGUACUCUAAUUGUGUAAUGUUAUAUACUCGAGAUAUAUUUUUUAUUUGAGUUUGUUACGAAUGCGGGACCCGUGGGCCGAUCACUUGUAUGUGAGUACCUUGUUGAUUGUACAUUUCAUUGUAUUGGGUCCGAUGUCAUUUAUAGGUAUCGGCAUAUAACUCAACCGGUUGAUUAAACUAUAAUAUUGUGUAUAGCCUGACCAGUAAAAUUCCGGCCAUAUUGUUUUAGAAUGUGGACCUAUUGUACUGGCAACGUAACGAAAAGACAAGUGGCUCCCCAAAAGCACGUAUUUUAUUUUUUUAGUCAGACAAUAUGUUUUAUUUAUUAAAAACAGCGUGACUCUCCGCCUCGUGACCAUGAAGGCUGCAAAGUCUUCGAAACGUCGGGAUAAAAUCAUAGUAUAAAAACCGCGGAAAUAUCAAACAACAAUACAUACAAACAUCAAAUUGGCUACCUUGGCUACCUCUACGAUGCCGAUUGAGAAGCAAAUUAAUGUCAAACGUUACAACUUGCCAACACGCCCACACAAUUUAGUUACGGUAUACAUGAGCGCAUGCUCGUCAAAAUUGCUUUUUUCUUGUUGUUAAUUUAAUAACUACGUUGUGCUGUUGUGAAUAAAUUAAAUCUCAGCGAACAAAUAUUGUCCUGCGUUAUUGUAGGAUGUAAAACUUAUUCUUCCCGUAAAGAAAAUCAAGCUGAAACCGUCAGCUUCCAUCGGUGAGUAAACAACAAACCUAAUAAAUUUGUUAAAACGUGUAAGUAAUUACAUUUUAUUAUGCUGUAGUCAUAUUAUAAUCGAAUAUAGGCCAUUAGAUUCGCAGUCAUUAUUAUUAUUUUUACCAAUUUGCAUAGUCAUGUUCAAUAGUGUUGUGCUGCAUAUUUUAUCGACAACAUAGAUGUUAGUAUGUUAUAGAUUACUAUUUUGCAUAAAUUGGCUUUUACUUUCAAUAAACUGUGGUGUAGUAGUGAAAGGCACUCUGUCACUGUGCGCGAGGGCUGAGGUCAAGGAUGCUAUUUGAUUUUCGUAGUGUGUUUCAUACAAUGUUUUUCGUUGCAGAUUCCUCACAGAUGAUACUAUGAGGAAAAUACGGAUCUGUACUUUUGCUCGUUCCAAUUGGCAAUGAAAAUAAUAGCACUGUGUUUGCUCUAGAUAUUACAACAAUGGACAACAAUGGCUGUUUUAUUAACACUGGUCAUUAAAUUGAUCGUAAAAAUUUAAAAACUCGAAUUCGAAUAAAUUAUCAUACAUAUUAUAUUUCAUGAAUGAGUUAACGCUGUGUUUUAUUUUUAUUGUUCCAUUUAUAGUAGCUCUCUGACAGAACUAGAUCCCUUGAAGUUUAGUUUAAAAGAAAGCCAUUAGCUCUUCCGCUUUUUGUAGCGUAACAGCUUCUUAAUGAGAGCUUUUAUACACCCACACCGCAUUUGGUAUUUUAAUAUCGAAUUGGAGUUUUGAUGUCUUUAUUCUUUCUAUACCCCUUUAUCUAAAAAAGUAAUUUGUAUAGGUUUGUAGUUGACUGACCCAAAAAUGUUGAUUUUAGUAAUUUACCAUAGCCGAUAGACAAAGUAUCUAUCGAUAUCGAUAAGAUGUCAGAAGGGAUCGCCACACAAAUAAAUUUAUUUUUGUCUAAGACAGCGUACGCUCAAAUGUCACAGUAUUCUAUGCUUGUCAUUGUUCUGAGAUGGAAUCUGAAAAUGUUGUACUGACCUAAACGACAGUCGUAGUCAACAGUAGAGCUGUAUGCUGAUACCUGUAAAUUAUAUUGAGACGAGUCGGUGACUGAGUGGAAUCGAUUACUUUUACGUCUGUGAUUAUCGUAAACGUUCUCGUUCUGCUUAGCGCAUAGAGCGUAUUUACACGGGCGGUGUGAUACUAAUAUAUUAUGUAUUCAUUUAUAAUAUGAUACGAUUUUAAAUCGAGGCCAUUCGAACGAUUUCUUGAUGUUGAUAGUUGCACAAGUAACGAAGCAUAAAGAAAUUAUAUGUUAUUGGAUAGCAAAGGAAAGCCACAAGGGCGUUGAGAAGUGUUUUUAUUUAUUUUGUUCUAAGCGACUAAUAUUUUUAUUAUCAUGUGGGGUGGAGUAAGUCCCAACGGAACUUCGUGCUUUUAGCAACUUAUUUUAAGGAUACAACAAUAAAGUUAAAUAUUUAAAAA